GGUUAUGUUCGUCACUUAGGCUUUGAGCCGUUGGGCUGUAUUGAUAAAAAUAUAAAAAUCUUAAGACAGUAAAAAACGUAUUGUUGUUGUUGAGUGUCCAAAAUAUUUUAUGAAUAUUCUAAAAAAUCAGCCACGCAAAAUGGCAAAUAACCAAGAUAGCUGGUCGAAGAUCAAGUCUCGAUACGGCGAUGGAGUAGUUCGAUAUUUGAAAGUUCAAGAUGUACAGCCUGAGAAAAUAGUUGGUAGUGUUUACAAGGUUUUGCAUGUUGAUAUUCUUAACCAAUGUGCAAAAAUUUCCACAACUUUGCGCGAAAAAUGUUUGAACGGGCCACCAAUGAAAAAAAGAAGAAUGAACAAUUCAUCAGACUCACAAAGUGGGUACAACUGUUACGAUUUACCAGAACAUCUUCACAAAGUUGUCGACAGUAACUUUGAAAAAACUCUACCCAAAAAAAAUAUGCCCAGCAAGGUUAAAGCAACAAAUUUGCCUGUCGAGGUGAAUUUGCUUAUUUGUCUUGACUUGCUUUACAAACAAAAAAACAAAAUGCCAGAGUUGAGUUUUCAAAGUUUGAAACAACCUCGCCCGUCUUGGGAUUAUGAAGAAAUGUUUCAUCGUAUGAUGAAAACUUACAUAGGACACCAAAAAGAAAUCAAAUACAACGCCUGUCUUAAAGACAUGACGCUAGUCUUAAAGAAAUUCCACAAAAGACACAAUAAAUUUAACUACCCCACUUGUCUAAAAACCAUCAUGAGAAUGAAAAAUUCAUCUGGAAAAAAUGCUCCAACUGUUUCUAUUCAUCAGCUGGAAAAAUAUUUUUAUAACAUUUCUAUGUGUGUCAUCCCCAAAGAAAUGUUCGGUAACAAUGCCAAUUUAAAGAAACUGAGGCGAGCAUUGAGAAAAUACUUUCUUUCAUCAUGGAAAGAAACAGUACCUCUCAAAAGUUAUGUAAUGAGUAUGGAUAUUUCCUGCAUUACUUGGCUGAAAUCAAUACUGGAUGUGGAAACGCAAUGGUUGAUAAUUGCAAAAUUGGCAAGAUGGCUGUUUGAAGUAUAUUUUUUAGGGAUAUUGAAGACCAUCUUUACCGUGAAGAAAGAUUUGUAUAGUGAGAAAAAAAUAUUUCUCAGUUCAUUGCGAUGGAGAAGAAGGAUGAACCAUUACAUCAAGACCCAAGAGAGGAAAAAAACAUGGGUUCAAGUGAAUCCAGUUGAUGAUUCCAUACAAAAAGAUACUGUAGUGUCUGCGGCAAAUUGUAAUUUGUAUCCAAAGGAAAAUGGUGUACGCUGUGUUCAUUCAUAUCGAAUCGACCAAUCGAUUCGUGAUGACAAAGCUACUCCUACAUUCGCGAUGUUGAAAGUACUCCUACAGCAAUUAUACAAUGAAAAAUACGAGUCGACAACGAUUCAAAAAUUGUACCCUUUGUGGUUGAGCUUGGCAGAAGAAAAGCAGCAGAAUCCUAAUCAUCCCUAUUUCCUCGUUUCAACCGACAUUGUGGAUGCUUAUGGAUCAGUUAUUCAAACGAAAUUAUACAACAUCUUGCAUGAAAUGAUAAUGGAAAUCCCAGGUGACAAAAUUACUUUGGAAUGGUUGGCCAUACUAAAACCGAACCUUUUCUAUAAGAAAAAUAGCGUUGAAUACAUCCAAUGGUUCAGUUGCUGCUCGUCACUGCCUCCAAUUCCCCCUCAUUCGCUGAUCUCAUUUGCAACAAGUGAUCAGCACCCGAAAGAAUUUAUAUCGAAAGAAAAAAUUUGCUCUCUGCUGCAAAAAUGUAUUACGCAGCAAAUCGUUUCGUACAAAGACACGAAGUACAUUCUCAAAGAAGGUCUUCCUCAAGGAUUCCCGCUAUCGCCAAUAUUAUCGGAUAUUUAUUAUGCUCACAUGACAAAACAAGAGUUUGCAGUUUUCAUGAAAUCUGGUGUGCUUGCGAGAUACGUCGAUGAUUUUUUAUACAUUACCGAUCAAAAAGACGCAGCGAAGGAGUUCAUGAACAGAGUAAGGAAAGGAGUUCCCGAAUAUCAUUGCCGUUUCAAAACCUCCAAAACACAAACUAAUUUAAUCUCAGCACGGUGGGGGUCAACCGAAUACGUUACUUACCUCGGAUACCUCAUUGAUUGCGCGACCUUAGAAGUAUCUCCUCUUCAUACAGAUUCGAAAUUUCAUCAUUUAAAGUCGAUGCAGUGCAUCAAAUACAAAAACGAGCAACAAACUCUUGCGAUGCGAUUGAGAAAUUUUUCAGCUUUGAAAUUAUCUCCAAUAGUAUUGGACCCCAAAAUAAAUAGCAUCGGAACGAUUCUGUCGACUGUUCGAUCGGCAGCUUACACGAUGGCGUCACGCUGCGCCGUUCUCAUACCAAGAGUAUAUCCAAAAUGUCAAUCUUAUGUGUGCGAAAUUUGGGAAGAGGUUCGAAGGGCUGUGGAAAUCGUCACAAGCAAGUUCGUUACAUAUUUUCGCAAGAAAAGAAACAAGCCGAGCCGAACGGUCACGAGAUACAUCAAAACAUUAAUCUGGAAAAAGUUCUACGAAGUUUUCGCUAAGAAUGCAAGUUUGCAUCAAUGUUUCGGCAAGGACAUUCGACGGAUGGUUCAAAAUCAAUCGGUUAUUUAGGCACUGUCAACGUAUUUCAUGCACAAGAGAGUUUCAUAAAAUUUUUACAAGAAACAAGAUAUAAAACGUUAACCAACGCCAUGCUAUGAAAUUCGAUAGAAUUUUUAAAACAGUGCAAUUCGCAAUAAUCAGUAAAUGGUUCAAGAGAACACUUGGACGUACGCUUGUGAUUCAAAUACACAUAAAAAAAUGCGUAAACAGUUCAUAAUAUUAGUUUGUAAUCUCUAUGGAUCAAUGAACGGGUUUCCAAAUAAAUUACGAAUUCAGUGAAACUUAGUAACGGCAAAGUUUAAUUCGGGCAUGAGGAACAUUUUCCACAACGAAUCGCAAGUAACUUUCCAAGGAUUUACAUCGAAUGAUGUUAUAAUUCGCUGUUAUCUUAUAAACGUUGUAACUAUGCUCGGUUAGCAACUUCGGUUAUUCUCGUGAUAGUAGGGGCAUAGCAGGGACUACAAACGGCUUAAUGCAGCCACUAAUAU